AUGUCUGCCUUUAAGCUUCUCUGCGCUGCCCUCUUUCUAGGUCUCACCACCUGGGCCCUGAACAUUUCUGCCGACAAACCAACACAUGUCGGGACAUUCGAAGUCCCAUCUGCAAGGGUCCGCCCUCGGUUCAGAUACUGGCUUCCCGACCCUGGCGUGAACAAAACAUUGCUAGCAGAAGACAUCAAAGCUGCCGGUGACAUCGGUGCGGGCGGCAUCGAGUUUCUCCCCUUCUAUGGCUAUGGAGGAGUGAUAGACACCUAUAUCCCCGCCGCUAAUUGGUCGAAAAAUGGGUUCGGUACACCUGCAUUCCUAGACGCGUUUCGCGUCGCCUUGAAAGCCCACAAAGAUCACGACAUGGUCAUGGACUUUGCACUUGGUCCAAAUCAGGGGCAGGGUGUCCCUGCAGAGAGCACCGAUGAAGGACUUCAGUGGGACUUGGUUCCUCAUUACUCCCGCGUACCAGAGAACGGAUCCUUCACAGGCACCAUUCCCGGCUGGGGAGAAGGAGAGCUCGUCGCUCUUGUUUUCGCAGAAGCAUCGGCAGAAACAAAUGUCUCAAUCCCCGGCUCAUCGCUACAGCCGCCCGAAUACACCUCUUACAUACGCCUUACUUUGAGCUUCGGUUCUUUAAAAGACCUGACAACUCAAGUCACGUCAUCAGGCCAUGUUGCUUUCAACUUCGGUGCUCCAAUCAACCGCGCGAGAUUCUGGCUGUUUGCAUUCUACGAAAAGCAAACCCUGGUCAAGAACCUAGACUUCCCAUACAACGAUACAAGAACAAUUUUCGACAAUGGAUCAUACACUGUAGACCACUUUAGUGCCGCAGGGGCCAAGGUGGUAGAGAAUUUCUGGAAGAGUCACAUACUCGACAGCAAUGUAAGGGAGUUGUUAGCAGAUGUGGGGAACUAUGCAUGGGAGGACAGCAUGGAGCUUACAUCCCAUAUCAACUGGACACCUGCGAUCCCUGCCAAGUUUGAACAGAAAUACGGUUACUCCAUUCGUCUUUUUCUCCCUCUGAUCAUGUGGGGAAACAACAACAUCGGCCUCCAGCCGUCGGAUCCAGGGCAAGUCCAAUGCUUGCUUGAUACUGAGGAUGGUGGACAGGGUUACAUGAACGACUACCGCGAACUCCUCCAAGACUGUUACAGAGAGUACCUUGAGGAACUAAGAAGAUGGGUCCACGAGGAUCUCGGCCUGCAAACGUCAUCCCAGGUAUCGUACAAUAUGCCCAUGGAUACAGCAGUCAAUGUUCCAUUCUCUGAUGCGCCGGAAUGUGAAAGCCUCGGAUUCGACAACAAUGUGGACAGCUAUCUCCAGUUCUCAGGCGCAGCUCACUUCGCAGGUAGGAGAGUGGUCUCAAAUGAGAUGGGGGCGGAGCGAAAUAAGGCGUAUCAACUAACAAUUCCUCGCUUGAUUUGGUCCGUUAACCGUGCCGUGGUUGGUGGUGUGAAUCAGGUCAUCAUCCACGGGCAAGCUUUCUCUGGGAACUACUACAACACCACGUGGCCUGGGUACACCCCGUUUUCAUAUCUAUUUUCAGAAAUAUUUACCAACAAACAGCCUUCUUGGAACCACGGAUUGGCGGAAGCCAUGGGAUACAUGGCAAGGGUGCAGUUCGUACAGCAGCAAGGAAUCCCCAGAACGGAUAUUGCCAUUUACAACAAAGUCUCUACAAGGAUUUCGGGAAUUGCCAUGCCCUAUCAGCUCGAUAUAUUGGUCAAGGAUGGGUGGACAUACGAGUACCUGACUGCAGAUAAUUUCCGCCUCCCACAGGCUCAUGUAAAAGACAACGUACUCGCUCCAGAUGGCCCACGCUACAAGGCCUUGGUUCUUCCGGAAUCAAGCAAUCUGACGCUCGAGGCUACACUUAAACUGAAAAGCUUCGCAGAAGCUGGUCUACCGAUUAUCUUCAGUGGUAAUGCACACGGUUAUUACAGUUCUGGGAAUAACAGCGACCGAAACUCUGUGGAAUCCGCCAUCUCGAACCUAUUAGAGUCUGAGAAUGUUCACUCCUGCGAGAGCCAACACCUGGUGCAGCUGCUAUCCUCCAUCGGGCUGAGCCCUCAGAUUCGUACGGAGACAAACGGUACCCUGUAUUCGACGUGGCGAGAAGAUGAGACUGAGGGACUCGACUAUGCGUUCCUUUUCUGCGAUGGCUCUCCUUGUCGAGGCAGAAUUUACGUCUCAACCACAAAGGUUCCCUACAUUCUCGACCCUUGGACUGGGGACAAAGCGCCCCUUUUCGUGUUCAGUGUUGAGAAUAACAAGACUGUAUUGCCAAUAAACCUCAAAGGCAACCAGACACAGAUCAUCGCUUUCGCCGAGAACACUCUAGACGGCGCGAUCAGGCCCACCUUUCACGCCACCUCGGUCCCCCCCAACCUCCUCGGCUACAAGUACGAAUCUCCAAGCAAAGUUCACCUCCACCUCGGCGUACUACAGUCCGAGUCUCAGCCAUCGCUCACACUCUCCACUGGCCGCUCACUUCAACUCAGCAACGCGUCCACCCUGCUUUCCAGUCUCCCACUCCGCAACUGGACUCUCACUGCCGAGCACUGGGAAGCACCAUCCAACAUCUCCGACGCUACCACCAUUGCUCACAAGCAUAACUCCACCCAUUACUUAACGACUCUUGCCCCCUGGACUCAAAUUCCCGGCCUCGAGAACGCCUCCGGAAUCGGCUACUACCAUACUUCCUUCCCCUGGCCCCCAACCAACAGCUCAGCUACAGACGGCGCUUACAUCCGCUUCUCGCACGUGUUGCACGCUAUCACCGUUUAUGUAAAUUCAAACCAGCUACCACCGAUAGACAGUAGCGCGGCCGAUGUGGACAUUGGGCCGUAUCUGUGCCCUGGACAGGACAAUGAGGUACUGGUCGUGACGCCCACGACGAUGUGGAAUUAUUUACGGUCCAUAUUUGGGCGGAUCGAGAAUGUGGGGGAACCACCAUUGCUGGAGCUUCUGUCACAGCUACAGGGAGGCGAGCUGCCGCCGAGCGUGGAGGCGGGGAUGGUUGGGGAGGUGGAGGUUGUGCCUUAUGCGAGGUAUAAAGUGGAGAUGUAA